AUGACCGUGAGGAUGCUACAGAUCGUACAGAAGUGCCGCCUGUUGCCAUGGAAACCUGUCAACCUCGAUGACGUCAGCAGCGAAACCUCAGAGCCUCCAGACGAGUACUAUCUGACAAUCGCGAGAGAAAACCAGGAGCAGAUACCAGCAGAGAUCCAGCCUUCUGCCUACGCCCCAGACCAGGUGUUCAAAGUGUACUCAGAGCUGUCUCAGGUCAGUAAGAACCUGACUCACUCCAGGUUUGAAUUGACGGAGGAUCGAGACCAGGCAGACGUCCUCUGGGCCUACGGACACAUCAAAGACUACAGGUACCAGGGACUACAGCGCCUACGGACACAUCAAAGACUACAGGUACCAGGGACUACAGGGCCUACGGACACAUCAAAGACUACAGGUACCAGGGACUACAGGUACUACAGGGCCUACGGACACAUCAAAGACUACAGGUACCAGGGACUACAGGGCCUACGGACACAUCAAAGACUACAGGUACCAGGGACUACAGGGCCUACGGACACAUCAAAGACUACAGGUACCAGGGACUACAGGGCCUACGGACACAUCAAAGACUACAGGUACCAGGGACUACAGGGCCUACGGACACAUCAAAGACUACAGGUACCAGGGACUACAGGGCCUACGGACACAUCAAAGACUACAGGUACCAGGUACUACAGGGCCUACGGACACAUCAGAGACUACAGGUACCAGGGACUACAGGGCCUACGGACACAUCAAAGACUACAGGUACCAGGUACUACAGGGCCUACGGACACAUCAGAGACUACAGGUACCAGGGACUACAGGGCCUACGGACACAUCAAAGACUACAGGUACCAGGGACUACAGGUACUACAGGGCCUAUGGACACAUCAAAGACUACAGGUACCAGGGACUACAGGUACUACAGGGCCUACAGACACAUCAAAGACUACAGGUACCAGGGACUACAGGUACUACAGGGCCUAUGGACACAUCAAAGACUACAGGUACCAGGGACUACAGGUACUACAGGGCCUACGGACACAUCAAAGACUUCAGGUACCAGGGACUACAGGUACUACAGGGCCUAUGGACACAUCAAAGACUACAGGUACCAGGGACUACAGGUACUACAGGGCCUACAGACACAUCAAAGACUACAGGUACUACAGGGCCUACGGACAAAUCAAAGACUACAGGGACUACGGACACCUCAAAGACUACGGACACCUCAAAGACUACGGACACAUCAAAGACUACAGGUACCAGGGACUACGGACACCUCAAAGACUACAGGUACCAGGGACCACAGGGACUACAGGGACCAAGGACUACAGGUACCAGGGACUACAGGUACUACGGACACAUCAAGGACUACAGGUACCAGGGACUACAGGGACAUCAAGGACUACAGGUACCAGUGACUACGGGCACAUCAAGGACUACAGGUACCAGGGACUACAGGGCCUACGGACACAUCAAAGACUACAGGUACCAGGGACUACAGGGCCUACGGACACAUCAAAGACUACAGGUACCAGGGACUACAGGUACUACAGGGCCUACGGACACAUCAAAGACUACAGGGCCUACGGACACAUCAAAGACUACAGGUACCAGGGACUACAGGUACUACAGGGCCUACGGACACAUCAAAGACUACAGGGACUACGGACACCUCAAAGACUACAGGUACCAGGGACUACGGACACAUCAAAGACUACAGGUACCAGGUACUACGGACACAUCAAAGACUACAGGUACCAGGGACCAGGGCCUACGGACACAUCGAAGACUACAGGGACUACAGGUACCAGGGACUACAGGUACUACAGGUACAUCAAGGAUUACAGGUACCAGGGACUACAGGGACCACAAGGACUACAGGGACAUCAAGGACUACAGGGACCAGAGAGACUACAGGUACCAGGGACUACAGGGACAUCAAGGACCACAGGUACCAGGGACUACAGGUACUACGGACACAUCAAGGACUACAGGUACCAGGGACUACAGGGACUACAGGGACAUCAAGGACUACAGGUACUACGGGCACAUCAAGGACUACAGGUACCAGGGCCUACGGACACAUCAAAGACUACAGGUACCAGGGACUACAGGUACUACAGGGCCUACGGACACAUCAAAGACUACAGGGACUACGGACACAUCAAAGACUACAGGUACGAGGGACUACGGACACAUCAAAGACUACAGGUACCAGGGACUACAGGGACCAGGGCCUACGGACACAUCAAAGACUACAGGUACCAGGGACUACAGGGACCAGGGACUACAGGUACUACAGGUAAAUCAAGGACUACAGGUACCAGGGACUACAGGGACCACAGGGACUACAGGGACCAGAGAGACUACAGGUACCAGGGACUACAGGGACAUCAAGGACCACAGAUACCAGGGACUACAGGGACCAAGGACUACAGGUACCAGGGACUACAGGGACAUCAAGGACUACAGGUACCAGUGACUACGGGCACAUCAAGGACUACAGGUACGAGGGACUACGGACACAUCAAAGACUACAGGUACCAGGGACUACAGGGACCAGGGCCUACGGACACAUCAAAGACUACAGGUACCAGGGACUACAGGGAUCAGGGACUACAGGUACUACAGGUACAUCAAGGACUACAGGUACCAGGGACUACAGGGACCACAGGGACUACAGGGACCAGAGAGACUACAGGUACCAGGGACUACAGGGACAUCAAGGACCACAGGUACCAGGGACUACAGGGACCAAGGACUACAGGUACCAGGGACUACAGGUACUACGGACACAUCAAGGACUACAGGUACCAGGGACUACAGGCACAUCAAGGACUACAGGUACCAGUGACUACAGGUACUACCGGCACAUCAAGGACUACAGGUACCAUGGACCACAGGGACUACAAGGACUACAGGGACUAUGGGCACAUCAAGGACUACAGGGACCAGAGAGACUACAGGGACCCGAGAGCAGAGAGAGACCCCCUCACUCCCUCACCUCCUCUCUCUCCCUGCAGGAGGCUCAGUGAGCAGCGCCCGCACCUCCUCCUGAACCAGUUUCCGUGUGAGCACCUCCUCACGGUGAAGGACUGUCUGAGCUCCGUGAGCCGCAGGCUGCAGCGCCACCUCCUCCCCCUGACCUUCAACCUCCAGACGGAGCUCCCAUGCUUCAUCAGCUGCUACCAGGAGCGAGAGAGGAGAGGUGAAGAUAACCACUGGAUCAUGAAGCCGUGGAACUUGGCCCGAGGUCUGGACACUCACAUCAGCAACAACCUGAACUUCAUCAUCAGGCAGCGAGAGAGUACACCCAAGAGAAUCAGAAACACACCAGACCAGAGGACGGACCAGAGGACGGACCAGAGGACGGACCAGAGGACGGACCAGAGGACGGACCAGAGGACGGACCAGAGGACGGACCAGAGGACGGACCAGAGGACGGACCAGAGGACGGACCAGAGGACGGACCAGAGGACGGACCAGAGGACGGACCAGAGGACGGACCAGAGGACGGACCAGAGGACGGCAUUAGGUCACUUCCUGUCGAAGGAUGAAAUGUGA